AUGGCCCACAUCCAUUUGCUCCUGGCAAGAGUGAUACUCUCCUCCACUGCUGCUGGCACUCUUGGCCAAUUCUCUGGGAUCCAUAGGCUAAAGAAUAGAGAAAUCUUCAUGCUUUUAAGACAGAUGAAAAGGAUCUCCUCUCAGGCAUGCCUAAAGGACAGAACUGACUUCCAAUUUCCUUGGAAAGGAGGCAAAACCACCAGAACACAGACAUCUCAAGGCACCUGUUACCACCCUCUGAUGCUCCAGCAAAUCAUCAACCUCUUCAACACAGAGACCAGCCGUGCUGCUUGGAACGACACCCUCCUCGAUCAACUGCUCUCUCGCCUUGAUCACGGCCUGGAACGACUAGAGCAGAUGGAAGAUAACAAUCUGGCUUGUGCCUAUUUGGGAAGUGUUGUCUGGAAAUAUUUCCAAAGAAUCCAUCGCUAUCUCAAAAAGGAGGAAUGUAGUUCCUGUGCCUGGGAGGUUGUAAGAGUAGAAACUGAAGCGUGCCUUUCCCUUAUGCAACAAUCGUCAACGAAGAGUCAAGAGAGAAAAAAGGCACACUUGUGA